GGUCAGAUAUUUGUAAGUUUCAUUUACUUCGUGUUUCCUAUAUUUUGGAUGGUUACACUGCUCCUAAGCGAAUUAGAAGAUUGUCCAUCGAAAACGAACAAUUGAAUAAGACUUCUUUAAUUGUUCGUCGCAAAUACGCAGCACAAAACAUGGAGACAAUAGAUGAUCCCUAUCUGAGACACCUUUUCGAUGGAGAUUCUGUAUUUAACGUAUAUAACGAAGAAGCAACGAACUUAUCGGUUGGCGCUCCUGGUCCUGACUUGCUACAACAUUGCGUUGAAAUGAUAAAAAAAGCAACAGAUCAUAGAUUGGAUGAAGAGAAGAAAGAGGGGAAGUAUUAUCUGUUCCAAUAUGGCAUCACAGCAGGUUUAUGGGAAUGUCGGGAAGAAUUGGCGAAAUUUUUAACCAGACGUUACGGUGACCCCGUGAAAAGGGAAGAUUUAAUUUUAACAUGCGGGGCAUCCCAUGGUUUGCAGCUUUUGUUGAAUACCGUCAUCUCGCCGAACGGGAUAAUAUUCGUAGAAGAAGUCACUUACAUGAUAGCUUUAGAUGCUUUCAAACAAUUUCCUCUAAUGAAAAUAGUCACAGUACCAAUGAAAAACGACGUGGUAGACUUAGAUGCAUUUGAAAAAAUAGUCGUGGAAGAAAAAGAGAAUAGUAAUUUUGUUACAAACGAGCAGAAAAUAUUCUGGGCGAUGUUUUAUACAAUUCCCACCUUUCAUAACCCGACUGGAACAACUUUACCACCUGAAAGUUGCAAGCGUCUCGUUGAAAUAGCACGGAAAAGUUCCAUAGUGAUUACCUGUGACGACGUAUAUAAUUUAUUAUUUUAUGGAGACGGCUUUCCACCACACCGAUUGUUUUCGUAUGAUAAUCCAACUGAUUCCAAUUACGAAGGUGGCAACAUUGUAUCGAACGGGUCGUUUUCAAAAAUUUUUUCCCCAGCACUUCGUUUUGGAUGGAUCGAAUGUAGUUCACGAAUCGCCAAAAUUUUUCGAUCAUCAGGAAUCUUACGUAGCGGUGGUGCAGUUAAUCAUUACGUUUCGGGUGUCGUUACGAGUUUACUACAAUUAAGUAUUCAAGACAACUAUCUCGAUAAACUUAUUCAUAUUUAUAAGGAACGAUUAACAGUAUUGUGUAAUAUACUGGAUCAUUAUUUACCACAAUGCAGUUCAUAUCAGAGACCAGAAGGUGGUUAUUUUGUGUGGAUUCAUCUCCCCCCAGGAAUAAAUGGCAGUGAAUUUAUUAAAUGGUGUCAAGAAAAAUACAAAGUAACUGCCAUACCAGGAGUACAAUUUUCAUAUGCAGGAAAAAGUCAUAAUUUCUUACGACUUAGUAUAGGUUUUCACAGAAAGGAAAUUAUAAGAAGUGCUGCAAAAACACUUUGUGAAGCACUCUUAGAUUAUAUUAGAAGAAAGACUGAUUGUAAAUAA